AAUUAAUUAUAAGUACUCAAAAGGAAAUUACAAUAAUUAAAACAAAUAUUAAAAAGAAAAAAGCAAAAUGUUAUGCUAUCUUGAUAAAUUGUAAGGUUGAAAAUAUUAUUAUUCCAUUUCUAUCUGGAAGUAUCGCAAAUAAUUUGGAAGAUAUAGAAAUAUUUGAUUCAUUAAACAGUGAAGAAAUGCACGAUAUAGAAAUUCUUUCACGCAUAAACUUUGACAUAUUAUCUGAAGAUAUUAAAAAUCGAACAGAAGAAAAUGUUAAUAACUCGAAAAAUAAACUCGUGAAAGAAAUUGAAAAAUUACAAAAUAAAAUAGAAUCUAUAAAAAAUCCAAAUUUUAAGGCUAAUAAAGAAAUUGAACUUACAAUUGAAAAAUUAAAAGAAAUAAAUUUUAAAUAUCAAGAACUACGUAAGAAAAUUAAUUUAAUUAAAAAACAAUUUGAAUUAGUAAAACAAGAAAGAUAUAAUAGAUUUGCACACUGUUUAGAAUAUAUUACUACAAAAUUAGAUUCUAUUUAUAAGUGUUUAAUGGAAGAUGAAUCGGCUCAAGCUAUUCUUUUGCCGGAUAAUCUUGAAGAACCAUAUCUAAGUGGUAUAAAUUAUAGUUGUAUAAUGCCUGGAAAACGAUUUCAAUCAUUCUCAAAUCUUUCUGGUGGAGAAAAGACACUUGCUACAAUAGCUUUUUUAUUUGCAAUUCAUAGUUUCAGACCAGCUCCAUUUUUUAUAUUAGAUGAAAUCGAUGCAGCUUUAGAUACUAUAAAUAUAAAAAAUGUUGUACGUCUUAUACAUUCUAAAAGAAAUGAGAUGCAAUUUAUUAUAAUAUCUUUAAAACGUGAGAUAUAUUCAUGUGCUGAUGUUCUUAUAGGAGUUUGUUCUGAUACCACUGGGGAAUACCCAGAAAGUUUAGUAUUUACACUUUCAUUGGAAAAAUAUCUUAUAUCGCAUGAAGAAUAAUUUUUAUUUUGUAAUUAAAUUACGAUUAUAUUUUUAAAAAAUUGCUAAUAUAUUUAAAUUUAUUAUUUUAACAAUAAU